CUUUGGACGGACAGACAGACUCCUGGGGCCUGCCAACCAUCAAAAUGUCCAAAGGGCCUCUUAUUCUCUGGCUGCUGAUUGAGCUUGGGCGGCUUUCUCUGACUUCACCUGCACCAGAGACUGUGAGAGCGUAUUUGGGUCAGACGGUGACUUUGCCCUGUAAGUACUCAUCCUGGUCUCGCAGCAGGAACAGCAUGUGCUGGGGCAAGGGUGAGUGUCCUAAAUCCAAAUGCAGCGAGGAGCUUCUCCACACCGAUGGGAUAAAGGUAUUGUCCAGGAAGUCACCAAAAUAUGAUCUUCAGGGCAGUAUUUGGAGAGGCAAUGUCUCCUUGACCAUCUUCAACACUAAUGAAGGUGACAGCAGUAUGUACUGCUGCCGCAUAGAGGUCCCUGGCUGGUUCAAUGAUGUGAAGAAGAACAUUCGCCUGCAGUUGAGGAGAGCCCCAGCAACCAGGCACUCAACAACGCGUCUCCCAACCACCACCACUGCUCUGACGACAGCCACAGCUGUGCUUCCAACAACAGCUAUGACUAUACCUGAGCUCACAACCAGAACACGACUUCAGACAAGAACCACCACUGCCCUCACAACAGUGACAAUGACAUACCCUCCAGCAACAUCAACCUUUCUUUUUGAAGCCACCACAGUGCUUCCAACCACUGAGCUUUCCACAGAAGGGCCCACCCUCACUGCAGAGUCCAAAGGUUGGUUUCUCCAGUCAACAUCCCAGGAGUCAACAUGGGAAAUGAGUGACUCAGUGACUUUUCCUCAGACAAGAGGUAAAAAUGGCCAUCAACUCCGAGCUGCUAAUGAUUAUCGUUCCCUCCCUGGGAUUCGUGCUGUUGGUGUUGCUUGUGGCGUUUUUCCUUCGAGGCUAGACAAUGCUGGAGAAUGUAAAAACAACUUUGAUGACAUGCAGCAUGGAAGAGAAGACGAAGAUGUUGCCUUUGCCUCCUAUGCAUUUGUAUCUCGCUGUUUAUGCCCAACUUUCGGAGUGCAGCGUCCCCCUCCAGGGAUGGGCUCUGUGGGGGCGGGUGUGGUGGCACAGAGUCAGGAGUUUCCUGCGGCAGGAGGCAAACGUCCCGGUGGAGAGGAAGCUGCAAGUGGAGAACCUGGCAGGAACCUUAAUGAAGCCAGGUGGGACACAUUUAAAUGGGAAUGUGUUGAACUAACUCAUGAAGAGCUGGAGCCAGCUGUCAGCAGGCUUAAUGAAAGGUUAACAGGAAUCCGGAUCCUGAUUUUAAUGGGCACGGGGGAGACCUGGCUCUCAGGAGUUCUUAGACCACCUCGGAUAACACUAAGGCACAGCAAUGACUGUGAGGAAAUGGAAGUUCAGAUUCAUGAGGUAGGUAGCCUGCAGUUGAGCUGGGAUUCAAACCUUGCAGCAGCUUCAAAGCCCAUGUUCUUGACCCCAGCACUCUGGCCCUUCCAGGUGUAUGAAGUGCCUUAG